UUAUUUAUUUAUCUUUUUUAAGCACCAAAAACGUCAAAACCCUUUUAGCCAAAAGCCCAUUCCCGCACUAAACCACGCCAAAACAGAACUCUCUCAACACACUCAUUCGCCUCUUUAUUUCACAAACCAAAGCCCUAUCUCUCGAGGAUUCACCAUGAAAGGCGGUCAAACAAAGUCCGAUUCGAUGCAAGCUGGAAACAAACUGAAAGGCAAAGGCGCAGGCGCCGGAAAACGUGCGAAGAAAGCCGCCAAGGAUCCAAACAAACCGAAGAGGCCUGCCAGUGCUUUCUUCGUUUUCAUGGAGGAGUUCAGGAAACAGUACAAAGAGGCGAAUCCUGAUAACAGAUCCGUGUCUGCUGUUGGCAAAGCUGGUGGAGAAAAAUGGAAAAGCAUGACAGAUGCUGAGAAAGCUCCUUACGUUCAGAAGGCAGAGAAGCGCAAAAGUGAAUACAAUAAGAAGAUGCAGGCAUAUAAUCUGAAGCUGGCUGGCGGAGGAAACGAUGAUGAAUCUGACAAGUCAAAGUCUGAAGUAAAUGACGAGGAUGAAGAGGAUGAGGAUGAGGAUGAAGACUAGAACUAAUUUGCAGAAGUGGUUAGAUUGAUUCAGGAAUUGUUUUGCUACUUGGAGAUGAACAGUUGACUUGAUAUUAAUAUCCAACAAUCGUACUUUUAGAUUAGGUAAGAGAUGGAUAUAACCGGGUUAGAUGCAGCAGUAACUUUUUUCAUGGAUAUUGUACUUAAAUUUCUCUUAAAGAUGAAUGACUAAGGUUUUUUUUUUUCU